AUUAAGGUAUUGUCACUAGCUCGUAUUUUAUGUACACAUUUAAAUAUCCACAUCAUGUACACAUUUUCUUCGAAAUGGUGAUUUUUGGCCAACCAAGAAGCAGGAUUAUUAUCUCACCCUAGUGAUUUUAAACUUUUACAACUGCUGCCAAAAUAUUCACCCCGUGGUGACAACCCUAGUCAACCGAGUAUUUCAGCCCUGGUCUUUUUGACAUAUUUUUAACUGGAAAUCCAAGCUCGUCAUUUUAUAAGGAAAAGCUGAACCGGACCGAAAAUGGCCAAUAAAUUCCGGAAUCUGGGCAGCAAACUCCUCCACCUGGCCAAGAGUAGCUUCAACCGGACAUCAGUGCGUCCGCGGAUGAGCUUCUCGAGUCGUGGCUUUUUGGGCGGACGACCGAAGUUGCUGGGAGCUUUGGGCGCUCUAACUGGCGCCACAGGACUCCUGAUCUACGCCCUGGAAACCAGUGUGGAUGCCUCCUCGGAUUGUGUGCAUCCGCCGCACCAGCACUGGAACCACAAAGGAUUGCUGUCCGCUUUGGACAAGGAGAGCGUGCGCCGGGGAUACUUUGUGUACAAGGAGGUCUGCGCCUCCUGUCACUCCUUGCAGUACAUGGCCUAUCGCAACUUGGUCGGCGUUUGCAUGACCGAAAGCGAGGCGAAAGCCGAGGCGGAGGGCAUAACAGUGCGAGAUGGACCGAACGAUGAGGGCGAGUACUACGAACGCCCGGGCAAGUUAUCCGAUCACUUUCCAUCGCCGUAUGCCAACGAGGAUGCGGCCCGUUCCGCCAACAAUGGCUCCUAUCCGCCGGAUCUCAGCUAUAUAGUUUCAGCCCGCAAGGGUGGCGAGGAUUAUGUGUUUUCACUGCUCACGGGAUACUGUGAGGCUCCGGCUGGCUUUGCUCUGCGCGAUGGCCUGUACUUCAAUCCCUACUUCUCCGGUGGAGCCAUUGCCAUGGCCAAAGCCAUUGACAAUGAGGUGGUAUCCUAUGAGGAUGCCGACGUACCUGCUUCGGCUGCCCAAAUCGCCAAGGAUGUGUGCGUCUUCCUUAAGUGGACUUCGGAACCGGAGUCCGAUGAGCGCCGCAUUUUGCUCAUUAAGGUUACGCUAAUUUCGGCCUUCCUGAUCGGCAUUUCCUAUUACAUCAAGCGUUUCAAGUGGUCCGCGCUGAAGUCUCGCAAGAUCUUCUUUAUCCCGGAACUGGAGGCCCAGGCCAAAAGAGAAGCGGAGGAGGCAGCAGAGGCCUUGUGCAAGGAGAGGGAACUGGCGUGCAAAAAGUGCGAGGACAAGAACGAAAACCCAGAGUAAACCUUGUGUACUUACAAAUAAAGGCUUUUGAAUUUUCA